AUGGACAAAGUGUCGUGUAGCAAGAAAGUACCAUCUUUCCCAAGCUUUGUUGAUGUUCCAGGUCCUUGCGAGCCCGAGGAUCUCAUCGAUGGCAUCAUCUUCGCAGCCAAUUACUUGGGUUCUACCCAAUUGCUCUCCGAACGCAACCCUUCCAAAAACAUCCGGAUGAUGCAAGCCCAGGAGGCAGUGAGCCGUGUCAAGAGGAUGCAAAAGGCAGCUAAAAUCAAGAAAAAAGCGACUUCUGAAGGAGAUGUCCAUGCUUUGACAGAGGUGGACCUGUUCAUCUCCACCCAGAGAAUUAAAGUUCUUAAUGCAGACACCCAGGAAACCAUGAUGGACCAUGCGCUGCGCACCAUCUCGUACAUUGCUGACAUUGGCAACAUCGUGGUCUUGAUGGCUCGCCGUCGAAUGCCCCGGUCAGCAUCCCAGGAUUGCAUCGAGACGACCCCCGGGGUGCAAGAAGGGAAGAAACAGUAUAAGAUGAUCUGCCACGUUUUUGAAUCUGAGGAUGCCCAGCUGAUCGCUCAAUCAAUCGGACAAGCUUUCAGCGUGGCCUAUCAGGAAUUUCUCCGGGCCAACGGCAUCAACCCCGAAGAUCUGAGUCAGAAAGAAUACAGCGACAUCAUCAACACCCAGGAAAUGUAUAACGAUGACUUGAUUCACUUCUCCAACUCAGAGAACUGCAAAGAGCUGCAGAUCGCCAAACACAAGGGGGAGAUCCUUGGUGUGGUGGUUGUGGAGUCUGGCUGGGGGUCCAUUUUGCCCACGGUCAUCCUGGCUAAUAUGAUGAAUGGAGGGCCGGCAGCUCGUUCCGGAAAGCUCAGCAUCGGAGACCAGAUUAUGUCCAUUAAUGGGACCAGUCUAGUUGGCCUUCCUUUAGCAACCUGCCAAGGAAUCAUUAAGGGUCUUAAGAAUCAGACACAAGUGAAAUUGAACAUUGUCAGUUGCCCUCCGGUCACCACUGUCCUAAUCAAGCGCCCGGAUCUGAAAUACCAGCUGGGUUUCAGUGUACAGAAUGGAAUUAUCUGCAGCUUGAUGCGAGGUGGGAUUGCAGAGAGAGGCGGGGUCCGGGUAGGGCAUCGCAUUAUCGAGAUCAACGGUCAAAGUGUCGUCGCUACAGCGCAUGAGAAGAUUGUCCAAGCUUUGUCCAACUCCGUAGGAGAGAUCCACAUGAAGACAAUGCCUGCUGCCAUGUUCCGGCUGCUCACCGGUCAAGAAACUCCACUCUACAUCUAAAAGAGAAACUCAACUUCUCCUCCAGCAAACCAUAUCCUGCUGCCUAAGCUUCAACUUCCAGAGAAAUGUUGUAUUUUGUAGGAAACGGGCACGAUUUGAACCCAAAACUGGAUAUGCUGGACACUCAAUGGAUCCAGUUCCUUUGCCUUUUUUUUUCUGUUGGGUUUGUUUCUUAGUUGAGCUCUCUCUCUCCUUUGAAAACCUUGCCAAAAGAGGAUGGCAAAUAAC